GCGUCUUUACUCGGAAACCUGAAACUCGUUUUGACUCAGCAGCCUCAAAAGGACUGUAUGCGAGAGAUAUCAUAAUGUAAAUUAAAGAUCAGCUACUAUAAACAAGUGAUUCUCAAGAAUUAAAUUUAAAACGUGUGGCCGGUGAAAUCCUAGAUUACAACACCUUUUCCCUCUCUUUCUAUAUAUAAUCAUCUCAUCGAAUCCACUACAUAUACACACCAUCCAAAAGUUGUUCAUCACCUUCCAAUUCUCCCUUCUCCUCGGCAGCCAACGCACAAAGACACCCCCACUUUGCACUUUUCACAGGGAAAGAGAGGGUUCUAGAGAGAGAGAGAAGCAGAAGAUGGCACUGGCUAAAGAAAUUAUGGGUUCUUCAGUGAUGGACAGAUCUUCAUUCAUUACUUCAUCAAAAGUAGUAUCGAACAAUAACAAUUUUUGUCAGAGACAGUUCUUUGGUAACCCGCUAGUAGUAGUGGUUCCUUUGGAAAAUAGGAGGUUGCAAUUGAGGAAGAAGGUUGUGAGAAGAACAGCUGUGGCAGCUGUGAGCGAGGACUUGAUGAAAGCUGUUAUACCUGAAAAGGCAGUGAAAUUUAAGGCGAGAGCUGUGGUGACAGUUAGGAACAAGCAUAAGGAAGACUUACACGAGACAAUCAUGAAGCAGUUAGAUGCUCUCACUGACAAGAUUGGAAGGAAUGUUGAGUUAGAGAUUGUCAGCACUGACAUAGAUCCAAAAACAAAGGCUCCAAAGAAAAGCAACGCAGCGGUGCUGAAGGACUGGUCAAAGAAAUCAAGUGUUAAAGCGGAGCGGGUUAAUUACACUGCGGAAUUUGCAAUAGACUCAGAUUUUGGGAUGCCAGGGGCGAUCACGGUGACGAACAAACACCAGAAAGAGUUCUUUUUGGAGAGUAUUACAAUUGAAGGAUUUGCAUGUGGCCCUCUCCAUUUCCCCUGCAACUCAUGGGUUCAAUCCAAGAAAGACCAUCCCGGAAAAAGAAUUUUCUUCGGCAAUCAGCCAUACUUGCCGAAUGGGACGCCAGCAGGGUUGAAAGAGUUAAGAGAGAGAGAGCUUAGAAGUUUGAGGGGUGAUGGGAAUGGUGAGAGGAAGCUAUCAGACAGGAUAUACGAUUAUGAUAUUUACAAUGAUCUUGGUAAUCCUGACAAAGGAAUUGACUUUGCUCGCCCUAAACUUGGAGGAGAAGGCUCUGAUCGAAAUAUCCCAUUUCCCCGCCGGUGCCGCACCGGUCGAGCUCCAACUGAUACUGAUAUGCAAGCUGAAAGCCGAGUGGAGAAGCCAUUGCCGAUGUACGUGCCCAGAGAUGAACAGUUUGAGGAGUCAAAGCAAAACGCCUUCUCUGCUGGGAGGCUUAGAGCAGUGCUCCAUAACCUGAUACCAUCGUUAAUGACCAGCAUUUCAGCAAAUAACCACGAUUUUAAGGGCUUCUCGGACAUUGAUAGCCUAUACAGCGAAGGGCUUCUUCUUAAACUUGGGUUUCAGGAUGAAAUCUUGAAGAAGAUCCCACUCCCCAAGGCGGUCAGCAAGAUCCAAGAAGGGGGUCUACUCAAAUAUGACACUCCCAAGAUACUCUCAAAGGACAAAUUUGCAUGGUUGCGAGAUGAAGAAUUUGCCCGCCAAGUAAUAGCAGGGGUUAAUCCCGUGAACAUAGAAAGGCUUCAGGUAUUUCCACCAGUGAGCAAGCUUGAUCCCGAGAUCUACGGCCCACAAGAAUCAGCUCUCAAAGCAGAACACAUUGUAGGCCACCUAAAUGGCAUGACCGUACAACAGGCUGUGGAGGACAAUAAGCUUUAUAUAUUGGACCACCAUGACGUUUACCUACCAUUCCUCCACGGGAUAAAUGCACUUGAUGGUCGUAAAUCAUAUGCAACACGUACCAUAUUUUUCUUGACUCCAUUGGGCACUCUCAAGCCCAUUGCCAUAGAGCUCAGCCUCCCACCGGGUGGACCCAGUUCCCGGGCAAAGCGAGUUGUAACACCACCAGUGGACGCCACCACCAAUUGGAUCUGGCAGCUAGCCAAAGCCCAUGUCUGCUCCAACGAUGCUGGUGUUCAUCAACUUGUCAACCACUGGUUAAGGACCCAUGCAACUAUGGAACCGUUUAUAUUGGCGGCACACAGGCAAUUGAGUGCCAUGCACCCCAUAUUUAAGCUUCUGGACCCGCACAUGAGAUACACGCUGGAGAUUAAUGCCCUGGCCCGCCAAAGCUUGAUCAAUGCCGAUGGUGUGAUUGAGUCUUGCUUUACUCCUGGUCGCUACUGCAUGGAGAUAAGCGCUGCUGCCUAUAAGAAUUUCUGGCGAUUCGACUUAGAGGGUCUUCCAGCUGAUCUUAUACGAAGAGGUAUGGCAGUACCAGAUCCAACACAACCACACGGUGUAAAGCUCCUAAUUGAGGACUACCCAUAUGCCACCGAUGGGCUCAUGAUUUGGGGCGCUAUCAAGAACUGGGUCCUCACCUAUGUCAGUCGCUACUACCCAGACUCCAGCCUAAUCUGCAACGACCGGGAGCUUCAAGCCUGGUACGCUGAGUCCAUCAACGUAGGCCAUGCCGACCUCUGCCAUGCAGACUGGUGGCCCACGUUAGACAACACUGAGAACCUCACCUCCAUCCUCACCACCAUCAUCUGGCUUGCAUCUGCACAGCAUGCCGCAUUGAACUUCGGCCAGUACCCCUAUGGAGGCUACGUACCCAACCGGCCACCCCUAAUGCGACGAUUAAUUCCUGAUGAAAAUGACCCUGAGUAUGCCGUCUUCCUGGCGGAUCCACAAAAAUACUUCCUCUCAGCUCUACCAAGCUUGUUACAAGCAACAAAGUAUAUGGCAGUGGUUGACACGCUAUCAACUCACUCACCCGACGAGGAGUAUCUCGGGGAGAGGCAUCAACCAUCGACUUGGUCUGGAGAUGCAGAGAUCAUUGAAGCGUUUUAUGGGUUCUCCGCCGAAAUCAGACAGAUAGAGAAGGAGAUUGAUAGAAGAAAUCACGACACAGGAUUGAGGAAUAGGUGUGGUGCUGGGUUGUUACCAUAUGAGCUUCUUGCACCAAGUUCAGAACCUGGGGUUACCUGUAGAGGAGUGCCUAACAGUGUAUCAAUAUGAAACCAAGGCUCCCUUCAUCACUUUAGUCCAGAAAUCUUGCUGCGUAUCACCCUAAUGUUUCUCUUGUGCUUAUAACUCAUUAGUAUAAUUCAACCUAAAUUUGUAUUUUAUGUAUCCCAUUGCAUAUGGAUGCCUUUAAAAUAGGGUUGUAUCAUUUGUAUAUGCAUAGAAGUCAUUUUUUUUUUUUUUUUUUUUUGG